AUGACUGUUGGUAAACAAGAAAAAACUUUAAUACAAGAGGAUUUGAUGCUACCAAUAUAUUCAACUGAUAUGGGAGCUUAUCAAUUCGAUACAUUUGAGAAUCCUGGUGGAACACCACCAUAUUUUCUUUUGUUCAUCAAUGUAAACAGUAGAAAAGGUUAUGCGUUCCCAAUGAGUGAAAAGAACUCAAACAAUGUUCUAAGUGCAAUGCAGAAGUUCAUUUCACAAGCUACAGGUGAAAUGAAGCCUACAAUACUUACUAGUGAUGAAGACCCAGCUUAUACGACACAAAAUGUUCGAGAUCUGUUGGUCAGUCAUAACAUUGAGCACAUGACGACACAGAAAUACAAUCAUAACAUACUAGGUAUUAUUAAUAGGUUCUGUAGAACUAUUAGAACUAUGUUACAUAUGAAGUUAAACCUCAAAGAAGGUGAUAAAACACCACCUUUCACUGCAGAUACAAUGAGACAAAUUAUUAAUGACUACAACACUGAAUAUCAUUCAAGCACACAACAAAAGCCUGAUGAUUUCACAGAAAAGGAUAAUGAGGAAUAUAUAAAGAAGCAAAGAUUGAAAGAAGAGUAUGUCAGAAAAAAUAACCUUUAUAACUUAAGACCUGGUCAAAAAGUUCAAGUCAUAGUUGAACCAAGAACAUGGGGUAAAGGUAACCAACAAAGAAGACAUCUUGAUCCUUCUUAUUAUACAGUUGAUUCAGUUGAUACAAGUGCAUACUUGUUAAGAGCAAAAGAUGGAAGUGUUGCAAGAUAUCCACGUUAUCAGAUAUGGACAAAAAUAG